GGGAUUCAUGGCAAAUUAGUUGUCCCUGAAGGAGAAGGGACAUCAUUGCGGUGGAGAUUGGAGGUCAAAUGGUAACUUCUGGCCAGCAAAGUUUCUCUGGAAAAAGGAGAGAUCAUGAGAUCACCCACCUGCACUCUGAAGAGUUGCUCCUCAUGAGUAGAUCACAGGACCUGAGGUUUUUGCAUUUGGCUGAUUUUUAAAAGUGUCUUGACUACAAAGCUGGAAGGUGGAUUAUUUUUCCAAAAACGCAAAGACCAUGUGUGCAUACCUGUAGAAAUGGUUUGCGGCUUAGUCAAGCUGGAGUUGACUAAAUGAAACUAUGGGCUGUGCAUCAGCCAAGCAUGUUUCUGCUGUACAAAAUGAAGAGGAAGCUCAGAAGGGGAAAAACUACCAGAAUGGAGAUGUAUUUGGUGAUGAGUAUAGGAUCAAACCUGUGGAAGAAGUCAAAUACAUGAAAAAUGGGGGAGAAGAUGAUCAGAAAGUAGCUGCCAGAAACCAAGAAAACUUGGAAAAAAGUGCCAGUUCACAUGUAAAACUUAAGGCUAAUAAAGAGCUUCCAGGAUUAGUACAUCAACCUAGAGCAAACAUGCACAUUUCGGAAAGCCAACAAGAAUUCUUCAGAAUGCUGGAUGAAAAAAUUGAAAAGGGUCGUGAUUACUGUUCAGAAGAAGAGGAUAUCACAUAAUGCCAGUUCUGCCAAUCGAAACAGGAAUACUCCUGUGUAAAUAGAUUACGGUUCAAUCCAGAUCUUUUGGGGGAGUCUUCUCAAGUGAACAGCACUACAUAACGAACAGUUAUUUCCACAUUGUAUGCUCCAUUCAGUUACAGUGUUUUCUUAAUGACCAUACAGUGAGCAUGGUUCAAAGAAAGAAGAACGGCUUCUAUGGAACUGCCUUUGCUGCUGCUAAUUGAAACCUGUUGCAAGUUUUCAUUUCCUCAUGCCCAGGAACACCACAGACGUUUGACUUAAACAUCUGAAAGACACUGUAGCUUUCACUUGGGCUGUUGGCCUGUUUUCUAUUGGCUGAGGUGGCGUUGUACAAAAUCUUCCAUAACCAAGCAGCAGAAUCUUCCAGUUCACCCUACUUACUCAUCAGCCCAUACUCAAAUGGGGCAUGGAGUUCUUGUUAUACUGACAGUUUAGAGCUUUGGAAAAUGGGAUGCUUUGCCAUGAUGGACUUUGUUUUCUGCUAGGAAGAAGUUAACAAACAAAAAGCAUGUUAUCAUACAGAUACUGAAUGUGGUGAUGCAGGAACAGAAAUCUGUAUUUUUUUUUUAAAAAAGCCACCAGUUUCUUUUAUUAACUAUUUUAAUCAAGGAAUAUACUUGCAAUAUUGGCUUUGCUGACCACAGAUGGAAAUUAUGAUCACAAUCAGUUUGAAUCCCUCCCUCUCUCUCUCUCCUCACUUUUUUAAAAGAAAUAAACAUUUUACUGUUUUUAGGUAUUCUUGUCUUAUACCCAUUCAUACAUACCAGUGUGUUAAGAAUAAUUGGGAAAAGGGAGUUGGUAAAGGAGACCUUUAGAAAGAUGAUUUGAAAGGAUAUUAUUUUCAAAUGCUAUGUGCCAAUUUGAGAUGUCUGUAGAGUUUAUUUUUCCAUAAUAUAAAAGUUGAUACUCUCUCUUCUCAAAGGCAGAUGUAAUAUUUUUAACAAAUAUUGUCAUGAGUAAAAAUGAUCCUAAGGUUAAAAAAAGAAUUUUUGCAUUUAUUUUUUUUAAAUACAUUAUAACUUAACUAUUUUAUG